AUGGAAAAGGAUUCGGAAACAAAAAAGUUGAUACUUUUAAGUGAAUAACAAAAUGCAUAAUGUAAUUCUUCGACUGAUGGAAAAUUGGAAGAAAUAGAUUCAUUUUGGAACUACAAUCUUAAGUAAAUUGGCUCUGUAAAUUUGGAAGAUUUAUUUUAAAUCUAAGCAGAGGACAAUAGUACAUUAGAAUAAAUCAAUUCAAAACUAAAAUUAUUGUUAAAACCAAAAAUUGAAAUUGUAAAAUUUAACUUCAUCAAUAGUUUUUAAAAGUGAAUCGUAGAAACGUUAAACUUAUUAGAUAUCCAAAAGUUUAAUGGAACUCAGAUGUAAAUAAUGAAAAGAAGAUGGGCAAAUAAUUAUUAUUUUCAGAAUAAUAGAUUGGAAAUCAAAAAAAUGAAAAUAUUAUUCACAAUAUUGCGCCCUAAUUAAUACAUUAAUAUACAAAUUAUUUAAAAAUAGAUCAAAACAUAAAAGUAAUGAGUGUGUCUAAAAUAGAGAUAAGAAACCUAAGAUUUAAAUUUUAAGUACAAUUUUACUUCAGAAUUACGAGAAUAAUUUAAAAAUGACAUUCUUAAAGUAAAUUAAGAAGUGUGGAGAUCUUAAGAUGGAGUCAAAGAAAUGAUUAUCUUAAAUUAGAAAUAUGCUCUGAAUCAUAUGGACAUUAGUAAGAUUAUUUUUAUUAAAUUCUAGUUCAAAUUUAUUCUUAAUUUUUAUAUUUAAUUGAAAAAUAAAAUAUUUCAAAAUUAACAUUGGAUGAAAUAUCUGAAUAUCUCAAAAAUUAAAUAAUAAAAAAAAAGGAAAAUCUAUAAAUAAACUUAAGUUCAUUGAUUCAGAUCUAUUUAUAAUUAUAAAACAAACAAUUUUCUGAAGUUAAGUAAACGAUAUUUUAAAAAUUAAAUCUUAUGAAAUAAUUUGAUUUAAAUGCAAUUUAGAAUCUUUCGUUUAAAUCUUUUAAAACUAAUGAAUACAUCUAAAAAGAUUUUGCAUUUAUUUGCAAUUCAUGUUCAUAAUAUAAAAAUUAAUGUAAAUGUUAAUUUAUGAAUUAAUUGGGUUAAAUUAAAAAUUUCUUAGAAUUUUGCUAUAUUUUAAAUUAUAAAGGAAACACAAAGAGAUUUUAAUGGUGUUAUGAUUUACUAAAAGCCAAUGCUUAAAAUACAUGCGGAUAGAACUGUUAUAAAAAUCAAAAUAACUUUGAUAUUUUAAAAAAGCAACCUAAUUUAUAUUAGUCGAUAGAAGAAGAUGAAAAAAUUUUAAUUGAUAGAGAUCCAUGCUUAUUAGCUCAAAUGUAUAAAAAGGAUUGUUUAUAAUUUUUUAAGCAAUGUAAAUAUCGAUAUAAGGAGAUAAAAGAAUAAUAUUUAUAAGCAAUCAAACAAAUAUAGGAAAAACAAGAUUAAUAAGCUCUUGUCAACUAUCCAUAUAAUAAUGCAAAUUUAUAUAUUCCAUGUUGUCAUUAAUAAGAUUUUAAAUGUGAGAAUUGUAAUUGUGACUAAUUUUGUUCAAAAUACUGUGAUUGUUAACAAGAUUGGUGUUAAAAAAAACUAAAAGGAUGUGCUUGUAAAGAUAGAUGUUCUAUAGAUAGUAAAUGUUCUUGUAGAAGAGAAAAUGUGGAAUGUGAUCCUUUGGUUUGCAAAUGUUGUAGCAUCGAUUCUUAUUUAAUUUGUUCGAAUAUCUAGAUUUUAAUUAAGAAUGUUAAGCCUACUUUAUUAGGAAGAUCAGGAGUUUGUAAUGGACUUGGAGUAUUUGCUAGAAAUUACAUUAUGAAGGAGGAAUUAAUAACACAGUAUAUUGGAGAAGUUCUAAUUGAGGAUGAAGGCGAAAUUCGAGAUAAAUUUGAUGAUACAUUUAGUUUUUAUAAUUAUUAAUUGAAUGAAGAAAAAUAUUCAUUGGAAAGUCGAUUUUGUGGAAAUGAAAGCAGAUUUAUUAAUCAUAAUAGUAAGAAUUUAACGAAUUGUUAUAUUCAAUAAAUAUUUUCUUCAGGUACAAAUAUAAUUUAAAUUUCAGGGAAAUUUCACUUAGCUAUAUUUGCUCUUAAGGAUAUAGAGCCUGAAUAAGAGAUACUUUUGAACUAUAAUGAAGGUGAUCAAAUAAACAAAGAUCUAAACAAUUGGGUCGAUAUGAAUUCCUAAUAUUGGAAUUAUAAAUUUACUGCUUGUAUAGGAAAAAAAUGA